AUGCCUUCGACUCACAAUAGAGACAAGCCCUGGGACACCCCAGACAUAGAUAAAUGGCAUGUGGACGAAUUCAAGCCGGAAGACAAUGCUUCGGGACUUCCUUUUGCCGAGGAGUCGUCGUUUAUGACGUUGUUUCCAAAGUAUCGUGAACAGUAUCUUCGGACUAUUUGGAGCGAAGUCACUAAGGCGUUGGACAAACACAACAUAGCGUGCCAGCUUGACUUGGUGGAAGGGUCCAUGACGGUGAAAACAACUCGAAAGACGUAUGAUCCUGCGAUUAUCAUCAAGGCUCGUGAUUUGAUAAAGUUGUUGGCGAGAUCAGUUCCGUUCCCUCAAGCAGUGAAAGUGCUUCAGGAUGAUGUUGCGUGUGAUGUGAUCAAGAUUGGUAAUUUUGUCACCAACAAGGACCGUUUCGUCAAGCGUAGACAGAGACUUGUGGGUCCCAAUGGUAACACAUUGAAGGCAUUGGAACUCUUGACAAACUGCUACAUAUUGGUCCAGGGUAACACAGUCAGUGCCAUGGGUCCAUACAAGGGGCUCAAGGAAGUACGGAGAGUGGUUGAAGACUGUAUGAAAAAUGUUCAUCCAAUCUACCAUAUUAAAGAGCUUAUGAUCAAACAAGAAUUGAGCAAAAAACCAGAAUUGGCCAACGAGGACUGGUCUCGUUUUCUCCCCAUGUUCAAGAAACGUAAUGUGGCCCGCAAGAAGAAGGCUGCUCCAGAUAAGAAGAAGGUUUACACUCCAUUCCCACCAGCGCAAACUCCUAGAAAGGUGGAUUUGCAGAUUGAAAGUGGUGAGUAUUUCUUGGGAAAGAGAGAAAAGAAGCAGAACGACCUCCAGAAGAAGCGGGACAAGCAAGAAGAGGUCAGCGAACAAAAAAACAAGGAAAAGCUUCGUGGUUAUGAGGCUCCAGAAGAGCAAUUGCAUGAGAAUAAGCUUUUGAAAAAAAGCAAAAAAUCCAAGAAACGGUCCCACGACGAAGACGAGGGCUCCAACAAGAAACCUCGGGUCGACUCCGAUUAA